UUUGUUUACGUUCGCUUGCUGACAGCUGCGCUGACAGAUGCUAGCAACGGUCUGCAGUUUGGAAUCAUUAAGAUAGCAUGUAGGUAUGGGACGCAAGUUAGGACAUUAUCGUUCGUCAAGUUUUAAAAGUAGAAGAGAUAAGAUUUUGACGGGACAAAGAAGACGAUGGAACGCGGAGAGAGUCAAAGAAGACCAUAGUUACUGUGGUGGCGUAAUUUCACCGGACCUGUCGACGUCGUGUGUUGGAGAGGUAAAGGAUGUCGGUGAUGAUGAUAGGUGGAGAGACGGGAGACGUGUUGUGGAAUUAGGGGUACUUGCUGAUGGUUUGUCUGGUUGUAAAACGUGUGGAAUACCCCUAACUCUAUCACAUACGACGCACAUAUUAAACUAUGGCCUCGGAGCUUUACUUAAGAUUCCCUGCGACAACACUUUGUGUAGAGCUAUGAAUAGUAUUCCAACAGGGAAAAGACACGACCAUCAAGUGUUUGACAUGAACACAAAAUUAGCCACAGGUAUGCUACAUGCAGGCAUUGGAACUACACAAGUGAACAGUUUGCUAACAUCACUUAAUAUACCAGCAGUUAGCCAUGCAAUGCUUGAUAGAAGACAACGAGAAACUGGGGAGGCAAUGGAGGCACUUGCAAAAGAAUCAACAGAGCAAUGGAUGGAUGAGGAAAAAAAAUUAACAACAGAGAUGACAGGAGAAGACAAUAUUGAAGUUUCUGUAGAUGCAGGUUGGCAAAAGAGAGGCAGUGGGAAAGCAUAUAACAGUUUGUCUGGGCAUUGUUCUAUGAUUGGCAAAAACACUGGCAAAGUCACUAACUACAGAGUGAGGUCGCGAUCCUGCAGGGUGUGCACAAGUGCGGAUAGCAAGGACCAGUCACCUUCUGACCACGACUGUAGAAAAAACUGGAAUGGUUCAGCAAAGGCAAUGGAGCAGGAUAUGAUCGUAGACAUGGUAUCAGAUUGCAUAAACAGAGGCUUCAAAACACAGACUAUAAUAGCUGAUGAUGACUCCACAACAAUUGCUAGGCUGCGACAAAAUGUAAAUGUCAACAUAAAGAAAAUUUCUGACAAAAAUCAUGUUAAAAAGAAUUUCAGCAAAACCUUGUACAAACUUCAAGCAACAAACAAGAAACUGACAACUACCAUCAUCAGAUAUAUAAUUAAAUGUUUUAACUAUGUAAUUGCACAAAACAGUGGAAAUACUGAAGGAAUGAAGAAAGGUCUUGAUUCACUGUCCAGACAUCCAUUUGGUGACCACAGCCUAUGUGAUAAAUCCUGGUGUCGAUUCAUAUCAAAUCCAAAGGAGGUUUACAGAUCUCUUCCUCAUGGCAAACCUAUCACUGACCCCCAACUCCAGCAAACUUUGACCGAAGUAUUUAACUCCUAUUUUCAUCAUGCUGAGAAACUUUCAUCACUUGGAAGCACCCAGGCUAAUGAAAGUUUUAACAGAAUUGUUGGUUCAAAGGCUCCAAAAUCACAACACUAUAGUGGUUCAGCUAGUUUGAACUACAGGGUAGCUGGGGGAGUUCUGCAAAAGAAUUCUGGACACACUUACCUAUCAAUGGUUCACAGAAAAAUUGGAUUAUCUCCUGGUACACACACCUUGAAGCUGGGAAUUCUCAAAGAUUUACAAAAUCGGCGCAGGAGAGCAAUUGCAACAACAACAAAAGCAAAGAAAAAAAGACUUGCAUUAAAAGCAAAAAGAAUGCAGGCAAACACAGCAAAUGAAAUCAGAGAAGGCACGUCAUACCAUCCCGCCAUAGAUACCCUGGACAUAUCAGCUGAUUCCAUUAAAGAAAUUCCUGAGCCUCAACCAUCACCUACAAUGGAGACUUCACCUCUACCAAAGAAAUGUUCAGCAGUUUACUUUGACCUUGAGAGUACAGGGCUAGCUAGGACUUCUCACCUCACUCAAAUUGCAGCAGUAUUUGGAGAGGAAAGUUUUGACACCUAUGUGAUACCACGUAUCCAAAUAUCGCCUACAGCAUCUACAGUUACUGGGCUCACAUGCAUAAACAGGGCACUUUUUUAUAAAGGCCACCCUGUUGAUUCUGUUUCAAUUUCAGUAGCCAUACAACAUUUCAUCACAUAUUUGAAGAAACAACACCACCCGUGUUCCUUGUUGGACACAAUAUUAAAAAUUUUGAUUGUCCACUGCUUUUGA